AUGAAACGAGUCGCGAUAAACGCCCAAAAGGGCGCCCAGCGAAAGGGUUCGAUAUGCCAAUUGUGUCAAUUCUCGACUUCACCCCGCCGCAAUCUCCCUCUAUCCCGACCAACUCCCGAGAGUCGGUCUCCGGCCUCCAAUUUCCGCUUACAGGCGUUGAAGCGCAGCAGCCGGUUGACUGUGACCUCACCCUUACUCAAUUCGCGCCGAUAUGCUUCCGCUUCAGCCGAGACGACUCUAAAGGCGGCAAUCAAAGCGAUUGAGCAGGAUGCCGCUGCCUUGCGCAAGUCGGACGCAGUGCCUACCAAUGAAGUGGUGUUGGAAUUGCUACAAAGAUGCCAGCGAAUUGCCAAAGCCCUUGUCUCCCCAUCAUAUCAAGGCGAGGGAUCAUCAGCCGACAAAGGAAACGCGAUCUCUUCCCUACUGGACCUAGAGGAGAAGGAAAACGCUGCAAAGAGCAAAGGCCAGGCACAUUCCUCACAGCAGCCAGACCCGCAACUGGCAAACUCGAUCUCACGGAUUGUCAAUGCGCUUCUGAAGGAGGAGAAGGUCUUCAUUUCACCCGAGGCCCUCGAGUGCUACACCGAGACACAGACCCUCCUACACCAGGCCGAGCACUUCCCCGAGAUCUUCAACCUUUACGCCAACAAACCCGUGCCAGAGGCGGACAGCUCCCCAGUGAAGUUCAUCAAAGCGAACCCUAAGAGCGUCAACAGCGCCAUCCCCGCCGAGCUAGCCAACAAGGCCCUGGAAGUUGCCAUUGCGCAGAAGAACCUGUCGCUAGUGUUAGCCAUCAUUGACAACACCUUCUGCGCACCGGCCUUCCACCGCGCGAAGGUCUUUAAGAAAGCAGGUGUUCCCUUGGCUGGUCUAGCCGCUGCCCCAGCGGCUUGCUACGCCGUGGCAUCAUGGGCAGCAACUUUCCAAAACACAAUGGACCCGAAUGUUGCGACUGGAAUCGCGUUCGCCGCGACGCUGGCUUAUGUCGCUGGUACAUCAUCCAUGGGUAUCUUGGCCAUCACGACGGCUAAUGAUCAGAUGGAGCGUGUUGUGUGGAUUCCUGGUAUUCCUCUUCGGCAACGGUGGUUGCGUGAGGAGGAACGUGCUGCUAUGGAUAGAGUUGCUGUUGCAUGGGGCUUCAAGGAUCCCUAUAUGCGUGGUGAAGAGGUUGGUGAGGAAUGGGAGAGUCUGCGUGAGUUUAUUGGUAUGCGCGGCAUGAUUCUGGAUAAGACAGAACUUAUGGAGGGUAUGGAGUGA